AUGGCUUGCAGCCUGAGGGACGAGCUGCUGUGCUCCAUCUGCCUGAGCAUCUACCAGGACCCGGUGAGCCUGGGCUGCGAGCACUACUUCUGCCGCCGCUGCAUCACGGAGCACUGGGCGCGCCAGGAGGCGCAGGGCACCCGCGACUGCCCCGAGUGCCGCCGCACCUUCGCCGAGCCCACCCUGGCGCCCAGCCUCAAGCUGGCCAACAUCGUGGAGCGCUACAGCGCCUUCCCCUUGGACGCCAUCCUGGGGGCCCAGCGCGGCUCCUUCCCCUGCGAGGACCACGAGAAGGUGAAGCUCUUCUGCCUCACCGACCGCAGCGUCGUCUGCUUCUUCUGUGACGAGCCGGCCGUGCACAAGCAGCACCAGGUCACCAACAUGGAUGACGCCUUCGAGGAGCUGCAGCGGGAGCUGAGGGAGCAGCUGCAGGGGCUGCAGGAGAGCGAGCGAGGCCACACGGAGGCCCUGCACCUCCUCAAGCGGCAGCUGGCAGAGACAAAGUCCUCAGCCAAGAGCCUGCGGGUGACGAUCGGGGAGGCCUUCGAGCGGCUGCACCGGCUGCUGCUGGAGCGGCAGAAGGCGAUGCUGGAGGAGCUGGAGGCAGACACGGCCAGGACCCUGCGGGACAUCGAGCAGAAGAUCCAAAGCUACAGCCGGCAGCUGCGCAAGGUGCAGGAGGGCAGCCAGAUCCUGCAGGAGCGCCUGGCUGAGGCUGACAAGCACACCUUCCUGGCUGGCGUCGCCUCCCUGCCCGAGUGGUUGAAGGGGAAGAUCCAUGAGACCAACCUGACCUAUGAGGACUUCCCCACCUCCAAAUACAUGGGCCCUCUGCAGUACACCAUCUGGAAAUCCCUCUUCCAGGACAUCCAUCCUGUGCCGGCUGCCCUGACGCUGGACCCCGGCACCGCUCACCACCGCCUGAUCCUCUCCGACGACUGCACCAUCGUGGCCUAUGGCAACCUGCACCCCCAGCCGCUGCAGGACUCCCCCAGGCGCUUCGACGUGGAGGUGUCGGUGCUGGGCUCGGAGGCCUUUGGCGCGGGGGUGCACUACUGGGAGGUGGUGGUGUCGGAGAAGACGCAGUGGAUGAUCGGCUUGGCCCACGAGGCCGUCAGCAGGAAGGGCAGCAUCCAGAUCCAGCCCAGCCGCGGCUUCUACUGCAUCGUGAUGCACGACGGCAACCAGUACAGCGCCUGCACCGAGCCCUGGACGCGGCUCAACGUCAGCAGCAAGCUGGAGAAGGUUGGAGUCUUCCUGAACUACGACCAGGGGCUGCUCAUCUUCUACAACGCCGAUGACAUGUCCUGGCUCUACACCUUCCGCCAGCGCUUCCCGGGCAAGCUCUGCUCCUACUUCAGCCCCGGGCAGAGCCAUGCCAAUGGCAAGAACGUGCAGCCCCUGCGCAUCAGCACCGUCCGCAUCUGA